GGUCAGUGAGUCACUAUCGCAUCUGACAGACGCAGGUAUAAGAUUUUAGCUACGGAUUUAGACGGAUAUCAACGGAAAUAUUGAGUGACGAGGCAGGCAUCCGGCAUGAGGCAUAGUCAUGAAUCAAAUAUCAAAAAGCCACUCGAUGUUUGUUCAAACAAGCCGGCCAUCAAUUCAUUCCUUGUCCAUACAGACUGGCAGAUCAAGUUGGAGAUCAAGUAGGUCUCCGUGCAAACGGUGGUUCAUAGGGCUUCAUUUUGCCAAUCUAAGCAUCUAGGCAAUCAUUACUGCAUCAAGCAAUCAGCCUGCUUCUGCUUUUCUCACCCGUCCAGGUCAGACCAAUCAAAGGAAACAUGACUCUAGAGCUACAGCCAGCCACCGAAGCGGACGCGCGCCGAUCAGCAGAGAUCGAAGGGGCGGCGUACGCUUCAAACGCGUUCAACGAGAUCCUUUUCCCCGGACCGCACCCGCCAGACGCGCUUGACGGGCGUGCAAAGGGCCUAAUUGCCGAGCUGCAUAACGAUGUUACAACACGCUGGUCUAAGGUCAUCGAUACCGACCUUCCGGAGGACGAGCAGAUGAUUGCCUUUGCUAAGUGGCAUAUCCAAGCCGAGCCGCUAAAGCCGAGUCCCCUUAGGGAUUUCGGUCCUGGAUCUAACGCUGAGGCGUGCGAGUUACUCUUCGGUGGCGCCAAGCAGCAGAGGCUUCGUUUCUGGGGGGAUAAACCGCAUGUCUAUUUAUCACUCCUCUAUACCGAUCCCAAAUACCAAGGUCGUGGCGCGGGAGGCAUGCUAGUUCGACAUGUUGUAGAUGAGGCCCGUAAGCUUGGUAUGAUCGCCUGUCUCCAGUCUUCACCGGCAGGCCAUGAGCUGUACAAGAAAUGCGGCUUCCAUGAUAUCGACUGCUUGUUUACCGACCUAAGUAAAUGGGGAGCAACGGAGACGCAUCGGAUUUGGACAAUGAUGUGUGAUCCUUCUCAGAUUCCUUAGAGGGGUCUUUUCUAUAUAUAAUAUAAGAGAUCAGACGUUACCUUGAGCUUCAUGAGUUGAGUUGUACAAGGACAACGUAUUGGUACAUCCUUCAUCCUUCUUUCCGAGCGGAACUUGGGAAUGGUACGAAUACAUCAUCUCACUCAGAUUUUACUCGUGGAUCUCAUCUCGUCUUGGUGCUUCAGAUAUAACAAAUAUACCUAAAGAAACACAAUAGUUUUCCGAAUACAAGAAUAUAUCGACUAA